AUGAUAGCGUUUCUCGGUCGUAGACACUUCAUUAACGUCCCAUUGCGAUCGAAGAGCAGAUAUACCACAACAAACUGGGCAACUUUUCAGAUAAGAUUUAAUUCAGGCGUUACACAGAAGGUGAAGUGUGCAGAUUAUGCGAUAGAGAACAUUCAUAACCUAAAGGAGGCAUUGCCGGAGCUCUGGGAAUCGGAGGCUAAGCCUGGAAAAGUUAGGUACUCCGGCAAGCUUCCCGUGGAAACUCCGGUGGUAGCGUGA